AUGGCAGCCCCGAGCCUUGCUAGUACAUCAGAACGUUGUCAUGAAAUUGCACAGUCAUACUUGCAAAUAGAAGAACCAUUGAGUCAAAUCAUCAGAGAGACACAGAAUGCUAUAAAGCUAACACAGAAACUAUUGCUUAAUGAAAUUUUCCCACGAUGGUCACCUUUCAAUGGAGAAAUUUCCUUUUCUUAUAACGGCGGGAAAGAUUGUCAAGUGUUAUUAAUAAUAUACCUAGGAUGUCUAUGGGAAUACUACAAGACUAAUAUGAAUGGACAGGAGUUCCCCCUCAAGACUUUGAAAGCCGUUUUCAUAGACCAGGACAAGACCUUCCAGACGCUGGAACAAUUCGUUGAAUCCACAAAGAAACGAUAUUCGUUAUCGUUAUACGAAUCUGAUCGUAAUCAUACCAAGGCUUUAUCGAUGCCAGAAGCAUUUCACAAAUAUUUAGGAGAUCAACCAGAGACUAAGGCCAUUGUUGUAGGGAUUCGAUAUGCAGAUCCAUUUGCACAAGAUUUAAAACCAAUCCAAAGGACAGACGAUGGUUGGCCUGAUUUUUUAAGGUUGCAGCCAUUGCUACAUUGGAAAUUAGCAUACAUUUGGUCAUUUUUACUCUACAGCGGCGAACCAAUAUGUGGGAUCUAUAGCGUUGGGUUUUCAUCUCUAGGUGAUAUCAACCACACAUUGCCUAAUCCCUAUCUAGCCAAAACAAACGAUUUACCACUGCGCUAUCAAUGGGAAAUAACUCACGGUUGUGAAGGUGUGGUGAAUUGCUCGCCAUUGUCGUCGCAAGACUCUCAUUUCCAAAAUAAUGAGUACUUGCCCGGAUGGUAUUUGUUGGAUGAUUCACUAGAAAGAUGUGGCAGAAUUAAAAAGAAUAAAACUUAG